GCUGUUGUGCUCGAAGGUGGCACAGUGUGGGGAAGAGGACAGUGACGGAGAAGCCCAGCCGGACACGGGCACCCAGCUGCUGUGCUCCGUGGGGCAAGAAGAGGGUGUUGGCACCCCACAGCUGCCAUGGGGGGCAGACUCAGGGGCUCUUGGAUUUUCCCCUUGUUCUUGGCUGGGUUAAUUCAGCCUAACCAGGGGCAGGAGAAACAGAAGGUGGACUGUUACAACUCGGUGGAGGGAACAAUCUACAAGUAUGGGGCCCUCACCAUAGACGGACAGGAGUAUAUCCCCUUCGGGAAGUACAAAGGGAAGAUGAUCCUCUUUGUGAACGUGGCUACCUACUGAGGACUCACCAUGCAGUACCUGGAAUUGAAUGCACUACAGAAAGAGCUGGCGCCGCACGGACUCGUCAUCCUGGCCUUCCCCAGCAACCAAUUUGGCAAACAAGAACCUGGCGACAACGCCGAAAUCCUCCCCGCGCUGAAAUACGUCCGGCCCGGGGGCGGCUUUGUCCCGAAUUUCCAGCUUUUUCAAAAAGGGGAUGUGAACGGGGAGGAGGAGCAGAAGUUCUACACCUUCCUGAAGAACUCCUGCCCUCCCGUGGUGGAAAGCUUCGGCGACCCCAAAAGGCUCUUCUGGGAGCCCCUGAAGAUCCACGACAUCAAGUGGAACUUCGAGAAGUUCUUGGUUGGCCCGACUGGGCGGCCCGUGAUGAGGUGGGGCCCCAGGACAAACUUGGCCGUGGUGAAGAAUGACAUCAUAGAUUACAUGAAGCGGCGGGUCUUUGGUCAGAGGAGGCUGCCCCUGGUCAGAGAAGACUAAUGUAGAGAUGUCAGCGGUGGGGUGGAGGG